GUGCGGUCUCGAAGACCUUAUUCUAGUUCCUCGAAAUCACGCCCGUUCUCGUUGCAUUGAGCAGACAAACACAUUGAGCCCUCACAUUGCCAGGCUUCCACUAUCCCUAGAACCAUGAAAGCCGUCGUGAUCGAGCAACCUGGUGCCCCCUUCAUCCUGCCCACCAUUGCCGUCCCUUCUCCUGCCCCCGGUGAGAUUCUCAUCAAAGUUCUCGGCUGUGGCGUUUGCCUUUUCCGAUUACUUCGGCCAGCAAGGUGGAUUUGGCACCUUCCUCGGAUCCCCGAGCACGAAGUCAUCGGGUCGUGGAGUCUGGGGGGGAAGGUGGGCGGUGGGUGGCAUUGCGGUUACGAUGGGACGUGUGCGGGGUGUCAGGGUGUUAAUGGGGUGACGAGGGAUGGCGGGCGUGUCUUCGCUUUUUGUCAUGCAGAGGACUGUGUGCUGAGAUGUGAAGCGGUAAUUAGGAUUCCCGAGGACGCGGAUCUGGUCGCAUACGCGCCGUUGAUGGCGGUCGGGCCUAGGGCUACUAUUGGUGAGUAUGCUACUUGCCGUCACUCUUGCUUUCCAACAAUCGUCAGCUAUUCAAGGGAUUGGCGGCCUGGGUCAUCUGAGCAUUCAGUCGCGCCGUCAACAUCCGACUCAAAGAGAGGCUUUGCAAUGCAGCUCGGUGCCACCAACUACGUUGACACAAGUAAGCGGGAUGCAGCGAAUGAGCUGCAGGAUAUGGGUGGCGCGAGUCUCAUCGUUGUUACGGCGCCGAACGCGUAUAUUAUUAGCGGGUUGGUGGGUGCACUGGGGAGGUUGGGCAAGCUGUUGAUACUUGCGCGCAAUUCUGCUCUAUCUUGGUCCUUCUUAUCUCGUGGGCUCAAGCUUGAAAUCGGAGGCUCAGUGCAUGUUUGGCCUGCCGGGCAUGCGCUGGAUAGCGAGGAGGCAAUUGACUUCGCAAAACGGCAGGGCGUGAAGUGUAUGGAAGAGAAAUUUCUGCUGGAGAUGGUCGAGAAAGCGAUCAAGGCUUUGACGAGCAAUGCUGUCAGGUUCAGGAGUGUCCCUGUGAUAGAGUGA